GACACCAUGCAGUGAGGGUGUGCAGCCACCCCUAGUGACGCUAGUGUGGGCACAAGAUAUUUUCUUGAAGCGUUUGUUGCCCUAUAUUCUUGUGAGCCAUCACCAUUUCGUUGCAAAAGCUGUCUGAAAGUUUUAUUAUUGUAUCGCAUCAUCAAAGAGGUGGCGAUGUCUGCGCUCGAGUAUAUCCUGCUGAUGUUAUUCAUCAUCGGACUGUUGACGUGCGCCUACUACGCGGCCAUAUGCCUGCCCGUCGUGCUCGAAAAGGCCCUGCCAUCUCGCUACGUCGACCCCGAGAGGAACUAUCUCAUCCCUGAAGACGGUUCCGACCGUAACGAAAACAACUCCGAGUCUUUGAAUAUAGCGAAUAGCGGGAAGCCAUCCCAAAGUAAGCUGAACCUCAACGAAUCUUACCCUAGCGCCCCCGACACCAGCAAACUCCAAAAUGAGGGUGACUCGUUCCAGAGCGGGGACAUUGCGUCGUCAGGGGACGUGAAGAAGCACAGCCUCUGCCUUCAAUCGUACGAAGAUGAAGAAGUGCCGCAAAACAUUCGAAAACUCGAGCGACUUCAACAAUGUCGUGCUGAAAGCGCUCGCACGGCGCCUGAUAGAGUGUCUCUUCUCCAAGGAGAUGACGAAGAUGGUCUCGUUGUUCGAGAGCCGAGCGUUAGAAGCAAGCACACAGGGCAACCUAUCUCGCCUGCAAACUUCUCUCCUAUUGUCAUCCCGAUGACUAAAAUGGGGACACCGUCGGCUCCUUCACAUGAUGAGAGAGAAUCAGAGGUAUUUUCAAGCCAACCCAUGAAUCUAUCAUGCAAGCCAAACGCCAGUUCAUGUGAACAAUUACCAUCUCAUUCUGUGGUGAUCGUACCUCGUCCUCAAAGCGUACCUCCAGCCAUGAGCAUGUCUAAGACUCAUCCACCCUCACACAUUGUCGUAACGAUGCCUCAACCAUUGAUGGUCGCUCCUGUUUAUGAUGAACCUUCGGGUGAUGAACAACCUGUUAAUAGUCUCCAGCAAUAUUUGAACGCGCCACCUACUGUUAACGUCACUGUCCAGCCCACUGAAGGUAAACAGGAACCCGAAGAGUUUGAUGUGCCAUCAAUGAUACGGCCGCUUUCAGGCAGUCCGUAUGGUUGGAGAGAUUCAGUUGCCGAACACGAGCAAGAUGCGGGAGUUCGUCAAAGUUCGUCAUCUCUUGAGAAAACAAAAUGUAAUCAAGAUGCAGAAAAAAUUCACCCAGGAGCUAAAAUUACAGAAUCCGAGCUUGCUGAUGUACCUUGCAACACCUCCGUUCUAUCUGAUGAUGAUCCUCAGAAUUUCUCCAAGUAUGAUCAUGAUGAAUCAGACUCGAGCGAUCCUGAAAUAACGGAGUACAACUUUGAGGUCCCAAAUGAGUUGAUGCCGUCGGCGAACGCUGUAUUGGCCGAUGAGAUCUUCACGACUCCUAACGUCCAGGUGCUCAGUUACGCUUCCAUCGAUGAGGCCUCAAUCUUGGAGACCGACGCUUCAGCGAGUGACUCGAUCAGGGUGCAGGUGGGAGAUGCCGACGGGGGCUCCGACACUGUUGAUCGAGACUCAAACGACGAUCAGCUUGAGGAGGUUGAUGACACUGUGCCAUCAGAGAGGAAAGAAUCAGGCCUUGAUCAUCAGAGUCACAGUCCUGAUCUUCUGAGGAGAUCUCCUGAUGGCGACAGUCUUCACAGUGCCGAUUGUGAAGGCAGUGCUUCUGGUCGAUCUCCAUCUGCGUCACUUGAGGCUUCGCCGCGAAAGCAUAACGAGACUCAACACAACAACAAACUAAAUGAUGACUUCGAUACCGCCUACAAGAAGCCAGCUGCCGAAUCAGCCGUUUGAGAUUUCGGCCUUUUUUAUUUUAUUUCUACCUUUUUUAGUUUAUUUACAGACGUCUAGAAUGUUACAAUAGUUUAAGUAUCUGCAAUACAAAUUCUUUUCAGAAUUUUUGGGAGUAAACAAUCUUACCUGAACAGAAGUGUAACCAAUAAUAAGGAAUUGUCUAAUCCGUUAAAAUUUAACUUAAUGAUGUAAAUUGUACGUACAAACGGCAUAAAGUUGGCAUCGAUGUUGCUGCAAAAAGGGAGAAGAACAGCAUAUGAGCUGUUUCGAAUUAAUUGUUGUCAUGAAUUCUAUUUUUGUACCUAGCUGUAAUAUUAAUAUGAAUUUUAGUGCAGCCUUUAUUUGAGCUGUGACUCGUAAGCUCCAUAAAUGCAUAAUGUGUUGCAAAGCAGCACGUGGGCUGAACUUUGCAUGUCUACUUGUGGCUGAGACUGAGAAGCUUUCCAGCGUAUUGUAUUGUAUUCGCAAGCCUCUUUAGAAUGUGAUUCUUAUGCAGUUCUUAUAUUAAGGUCACAUUUUUAAUGAAUAUGUCUAUUUAUGUAUCUAAUUUUAAGAUGUUCCUAAGAUUUUUUCGUUGUUUUCCUUUUCAUACUCCAUCACUGACUGACGAAUUCGACAGAAAACUGAAAAACAGAAACGUGAUCAAUAUUGAUCAUCCUGUGAACUCACCCUAGAGAGGGAUGAUUUUUCUCGACAUUUCAAGUGUAGGUAUAUUCUAGGGAAAAUGUCUUAAUAGAAUUGUUGUUUACCAUAUGUAUUAAUUAAGUAAUGGAUAGCAAAAUUUAAUUUCAAUAUAAAAACUUGGAAAACUACUCAUUAUGCAGAUUAAGAGGGAGGUGAACUUAAAAUAUUCUCUAUGUCUUUCUGUCGAGCUGGCGCUCCUCCACAUUAAUACGGUUAGCUCCGUGCUUAAUGGUACUAGUUACUCUUUCUUUUCUUAGCUACAAUUGUUUUCAAAAGCUUAUUAUUUUUCUCGUAGGUAGUUUUUAUGGGUUUUUAUUAGCCCGGAGCAAGGUGUUCUUCCAAAAAUGUCUUCCUGUACGAAUAAAAAAGUUAUCUAUGUAAAUAUUUUUAAUAUAGGUAUAUUAAUGAACGUUUAUGAGCUUCUUAUUUCUGCGUAUUUUUUCACAGUUAUGUGUAAGAUCACUACCCGGAUGCAGUGAUGUUUUUUUGGAAUCAAUAUGUCAACAAAUAUUCCAUCGCAAUUGGAAAUUAAUUUAAAUUAUGCGGACUUAAUAUUUGUUAAUUAUUCAUCAUAAUAAUUUCAAUGCUCCCUUCGUCUAGCAGAAAACUCACCAAGCUAGAAAAAAAUGUGUACUUGGUUGCAGUAUUUCUUGUUGUUACAUUCGAGUAAAUGUAGAUUUCUCUUCGAUUGCCAUAUUAUACAUAACCAAUAAAUAAUACCCAAUAAUUA